AUGAGAAUAAGAAGAUAUGGAAGAGAGAAGAAAAGGCUAAGGAAGAUCGAUGGAAUAAAAAGAUAUGGAAGAGAGAAGGAAAAGCUUAGGAAGAUCGAUAGAAUAAGAAGUUUAUGGAAGAGAGAAGUAAAAGCUAAGGAAGAUCGAUGGAAUAAGAAGUUAUGGAAGAAAAAGGGGAAAAGAAGACCAGAUACUCCGAUACCAAACACCAGAUACUCCGGUACCAAACACCAGAUACUCCGAUACCAAUUACACCAGAUACUCCAAUACCAAACACCAGAUACUCCGGUACCAACAACAGAUACUCCUAUACCAAACACCAGAUACUCCGAUACCAAACACAAGAUAUUCUUAUACCAAACACCAGAUACUCCGAUACCAAACGCCAGAUACUCAGAUACCAAACGCCAAUCAAUCCGAUAUCAGAAACCAGACACUCCGAUAUCAAACACCAGAUAUCCUAUGCCAAACACCAGAUAUCCUAUACCAAACACCAGAUAUCCAAUACCAAACGCCAGAUACUCCGUUUGCAAACACCAGGUACUCCGAUACCAAACACCAGAUACUCCGAUACCAAACAACAAUCAAUCCCAUAUCAGAAACCAGACACUCCGAUAUCAAACAUCAGAUACUCCGAUACAAAACACCAGAUAUCCAAUACCAAACGCCAGAUACUCCGAUUGCAAACACCAGAUACUCCGAUCCCAAACACCAGAUACUCCGAUCCCAAACACCAGAUACUCCGGUACCAAACACCAGAUACUCCGAUCCCAAACACCAGAUACUCCGAUCCCAAACACCAGAUACUCCGAUCCCAAACACCAGAUACUCCGAUCCCAAACACCAGAUAAUCCUAUCCCAAACACCAGAUACUCCGAUACCAAACACCAGAUACUCCGAUACCAAACACCAGAUACUCCGAUACCAAACACUAGAUACUCCGAUACCAAACACCAAUCAAUCCAAUAUUAG